AUGAAGAAAGCAAGCAGUACGAAUAAAAUUAUAUCUGCUUUCCCACCAUGUCCGGACAAUUUAACCUUGAAUAAUUUUUCUAACAAUGAAAUCGAAAGCGUCAAAAAUGUGAUUGACACAGUACGCAAGAUUCCAUUUUCACAACCUUCUUGUGAGAAAAAGAAAAUUUCUUGUACAAAACCUGAGGAAAUACAUCAGAUUAAUGAUAUACCCAUAAUAUUUGGAGAUUGUGUUUCAUUAGCUGAAGACCAUGAAGAGCAAGAACUGCAAGAAAUAGUUCAUGAAAUACCAGACUCCAAUAUAAAAAAAUACUUCAAUCAAGUGAUACAUACACAGCAAGAAAUAAUACGUAGACAAGAACAAAUAACACGCACACAAGCUACGUCCAAUUUAAUCUUAAGGGACAUAAAACAAUUGGUUAACCGAAUGGAAGAUGUUAUGAGGAGCCGCGCUCCUCUUGCAACAAAGGGCAAUGAUAGCUUGAUUGCCGAAAUUUUACCGUUACGCACGAUUCAAGCUAUAAAAGAUUUUGAGGCUUUACUAUAUGACACGGAUGAAGCAGUUACACAAUUUAUGUACACUGCAGAGUGAAGCGAGGGGGGGAUUUAAGGCGGGAGGUGGCACGAAC